UCAACGUCUUAUCUCUAUACCAACUACCCAAUCCCACACUACGAAGAAGAGAAAAGACAAAAUGGCCCUCAACGGAAAAGUUGCCCUCAUCACCGGCGGCGUCAAGAACCUCGGGGCCGCCGCCGCCCGUGAGCUGGCCAGCUCCGGCGCAAACCUCGCCCUCCACUACCACUCCGACAGCAGCAAGAACGAUGCCGCGACGCUGGAGGCCGAGCUGAAAAAGUCCUACCCCAGCAUCAAGGUCGCGUUCUAUCAGGGUAACCUGACUUCCGCCGGAGCCGUGACGAAGCUCUUCCAGGAUGCGCUGAAGGAGUUUGGAAAGAUUGAUAUCGUCGUCAAUACGGUGGGCAAGGUGCUUAAGAAGCCUAUUACUGAGAUCACGGAGGAGGAAUAUGAUACUAUGUUUGCGAUCAAUUCUAAGACGGCGUUCUUCGUUCUCAAGGAAGCUGCCGCACACGUCACGGACGGAGGCAAGAUCAUCACGAUCGUCACGGCCCUCCUCGGUGCUUUCACGGGAUACUAUACUUCCUACGCUGGUAGCAAGGCUCCUGUCGAGCAUUUCACUCGAGGCGUCUGUAAGGAACUCCAAUCCCGCCGCGUCAGCGUCAACAACAUUGCUCCGGGACCAAUGGACACCCCCUUCUUCUACCCCCAGGAAUCCCCUGAGGCUGUCGAGUUCCACAAGUCCAAUGGUAUGGGCAACCGUCUGACCAUGGUCGAGGAUAUCGCUCCGAUUGUUCGGUUCCUCUGCACGGAGGGCGCCUGGAUCACGGGCCAGACCAUCUUCGCUAACGGUGGAUAUACUACUCGCUAAGGUGGGUGAUUGAUGUUGAAUGAACGUAUGGUGUUAUGACAAUGCCGGAGGUGUAUGUGCUUUUAUAAUGUGGUU